AUGAACGAAAAGGAAUUUCCAACCAAGGAUCCCCUUGCUCACGAUGAGUUCGUGCCUCAGGUCCAGGCACCAACGAAAGCUGAGGCGGUCUCGGGCUCUCAUCAGACUCGCGCUCUCAACAUCGUCGUGAACCCCCUGAAGCGAUUCCCUAAGGCGCAAAUCAUUGAAGAUGCCCGGGGGUUUGCCGAAAUGCACGGCAUGUCCGAGCACGCAGACCUGUUUGGUCGGGCUGCCCUGGUCGCUCGGGAUCCAAAAGGAUUCGAGGAUAUACCCGAGCUUAAGGAGGACGAGCGGGCCGCGCUUGCAUACGAAAGAGAUCAUAAAUGGCACGGCCCGUGGAUGCUGUGGUACUCAAUCGCGCUGUGCGCUGUUGGAGCCGCCACGCAAGGAUGGGACCAGACGGGAUCGAAUGGAGCCAAUCUGUCUUUCCCCGAGGCGCUGGGCAUUAAUGGGACGGGAAAGGACGAAUGGAUCGUGGGUGUCGUCAAUGCUAUUAUCUUCUUAACCGCUGGCUUGAUUGGCGCUUUUAUUGUCGAUCCACUUAACCACUACUUGGGCCGAAGAGGUGAAAUUUUCCUCACUGCUGCCUGCCUUACUGCCACCCCAAUUGGCUCCGGCUUCGCAAGAACAUGGCAAGAACUCUUCGCUGCACGAUUCGUGAUGGGAAUUGGUAUUGGCGCAAAGAAUGCGACAGUGCCUAUCUACUCAGCUGAGAUGGCCCCGCACCGUAUUCGUGGUGCCCUCGUUAUGUUCUGGCAACUUUGGGUUGUCGCAGGUAUCUUCUUGGGAUUCUGCGCCAACGUCAUUGUCAAAGACACUGGUGCUCUAUCUUGGCGCCUUCAGCUCGGCUCAGCAUUCAUUCCAUCAUUCAUACUCAUGAUUGGAAUCUUCUUUUGUCCAGAGUCCCCUCGCUGGCUCAUGAAGCAUGGCAAGCACGCGAAAGGCUUCCGAUCGAUGUGUCGUCUUCGAGCUCAUCCUAUUAUUGGUGCAAGAGACUUUUACUAUUCAUGGGUCAUCUAUGAGGAGGAACUGAAGGAAGCCCGAGGCGCCGGAUACUUCUCCCGCAUGCGGGACUUGUUCACCGUGCCUAGGAUCAGGCGAGCCAACUAUGGUGCUUCGACCGUCAUGAUUGCCCAGCAAAUGUGCGGUAUUAAUAUCAUCUCUUUCUAUAGUUCAACUAUCUUCGAAAAUGUGGGCUACACCCCCGUCCAGGCCUUAUACGCUUCUCUUGGCUACGGUGCUAUUCAAGUUGUGUCGACCAUUCCUACGUUGUUCCUUAUCGACACAAAGGGCAGAAGGACCCUGACUCUGAUUACGUUCCCUCUUAUGUGUAUCUUCCUAUUGGCUGCCGGUCUCUCGCUUUUGGGUGACCCAAAUGAUGGCAGGAGUCGGGGCGAAAAAAUCGGACCAGUUGUCUUGUUUGUCUAUCUAUUCACCAUCUGUUACUCUCUGGGUGAAGGACCAGUGGCAUUUCAAUACUCUGCGGAGGUGUUCCCCACUAUUCAGCGUGAGCAAGGGAUGGCCUGGGCUGUGUGCAUCAACAACACAUUUGCCGGCAUUCUUAGUUUGACUUUCCCUCGAAUGCAGACGGUGAUGACUCCAACUGGUGCCUUUGGCUUCUAUGCUGGACUUAAUCUUGUCGCUUGGUUCAUGAUAUUCUGCUUUGUCAGAGAGACCAAACAGCUCACCCUAGAAGAGCUGGAUCAGGUCUUCUCAGUCCCAACCAGUAAAUUCAUUGGCCACGAGCUGAAGGUGUGGCUGCCCUACUUUAUCAAGCGACACAUUUUCCGACAGAACAUUCCCAAGCCACCAGCGAUCAUCGCGACGGCUGAUGAGGCGGAGACUAAUGCGGACAAGCGAGUUCGCGUAGCGCCGAGAGCAGAACUGGAGUAG